GAAAUGCACACAGACUUCAAAGUUUGUCUCUUUGAAUAGAUUGUUUGCAUUUUUAACUACCGAAAAACAAAAUUUACCUUUCGGAAGUUAUGCAGACUUGGUGUCUUGUUUCGAUAUGUGUUUUACUCGGCGUUGUCGUGAGAUGGGGAGUAUCCUUAAAUUCGUAUUCCGGAGCGGGAAAGCCACCCAUGUUUGGCGACUAUGAAGCUCAACGGCACUGGCAAGAAAUAACAUACAAUCUUCCAGUGCAGGAAUGGUACUUCAAUACCACCGACAAUGACUUGAACUACUGGGGUCUUGACUACCCUCCUCUGACUGCUUAUCACAGCCUGAUUUGUGGUCAUAUUGCCAAGAUGGUAAACAUGGAAUGGGUGCAGCUUCACAAAUCCAGAGGUUAUGAAAGUACACCUCACAAGUUGUUCAUGAGAACCACAGUGCUGGUUGCGGAUUUGCUAAUAUACAUCCCUUCUGUGGUAUUAUAUUGUUUAUGGCUGAAUGAUGGACCAAUUAAGAAAAAGGUGUGUAUUCUUUUUUGCUUUCUGAUCUAUCCAGGACUACUACUUACUGACCACGGACAUUUCCAGUACAAUGCAGUGAGCCUAGGCUUUGCCCUGUGGGGUAUUCUGGCUCUGGGACUGGGCUGGGACGCACUGGGCUCAAUGGCUUUCUCCUUGGCCCUCAACUAUAAACAGAUGGAACUAUACCAUGCGCUGCCCUUCUUCUGCUACCUCCUGGGAAAGUGUGUCAAACUGGGCCUGAUGGGUCGAGGGUUGUUGCUGUUGCUGAAAGUCGCUGCUACAGUGUUGGUGACAUUUGCCUUCUGUUGGCUGCCCUUCUUGUCUGACCCUAACCAGGCCUUGCAGGUGCUCAGGAGAAUCUUUCCCGUGGCUCGAGGCCUAUAUGAGGAUAAGGUGGCCAACACAUGGUGCAGCUUGAACCUCCUGAUAAAGAUCAGAUCCAUUAUGUCCAAUGACUUCCAACUCUACCUCAGUUUGGCCUGCACAAGCCUAGCAGUUGUACCAUCCUGUAUCAGAGUGUUGACAAAACCUACCUUCUGGCAAUUUAAACUGGCCUUGGUUAACUCAUCUCUGGCAUUUUUCCUCUUCUCCUAUCAAGUCCAUGAGAAGUCCAUUCUCUUGACUUUCUUGCCUGUCUGUCUGUUCCUGAAUGACCUUCCACUAAUGGCCAUUUGGUUCCUGCAGGCUUCUACUUUCAGCAUGCUGCCUCUCUUUCUGAAGGACGGUCUAUUCGUGCCCUACGUAGUGACCUCGCUGGCCUUCCUCUUCUUUAGCACCUACCUGCUGUCACCACUGGAGCACUGUUCUGAAGAAGAGCUUGGACUGGAAGCCUGCCACAAACUUUUGUUCUUCCUCCCCAAAAUGGACCUGGCUUGUAUAAUCAGAUGGAAGUUCUACAUCUGUGUCACAGCCAUGGCCUGUUUGAGCGUUGCCAGCGUGACACUCGACCCGCCACCUCAUCUGCCCGACUUGUUUUCUGUCCUGGUGUCUGCUUUUGCUUUUAUGCAAUUCUUGGGAACAUUUAUCUACUUCAACAUCGUCCAGUUCAGCACAUUACCAAACAGAAAGAGCCAGAAGAAGAACAAAUGAUUCCAGCAGUUGCAGGCGCUUCUUGGGCAAACGAAUGACGGCAUCCGAGACAUCUCGGCCUCGCAACUGACAGCGCAGAUUCCACAUCCAUCUCCAGUUUUACCACUGUGGGAUCAUCCGUACGGUGCUUCACAGGAGGUGAAGAGCAAUUCCAUUAGCUGUCAGCGGUCGGGAUGCCUCGCAAAACAAAAACCUGGGGAAUAUGGGAGAAGAAAACAUGAUUGUAACCCGCCUGGCACUCUGCACUGUCAAGACUGUUUGCAAACUAUCAAGCCAACAUGACGAACAUUUUCAAUACAUCACAGAAGCUUCAUUUUUAUUUGCAAAGUUGCUUAUUGUACCUUAGUUCAUGAUGGACUUUAGGACUUCAUAGGAGCUACCCUUCCUCAUGGCACCUGAAAAGGGAAAUAAAUACAAGUUAAACAAAAACAUAGUCGUCCCUCGCCAUUUCGCAGUUAAAAUUUUGCAGCUUCACACAAUCACGGUUUUUCAAAAAUAACAAAUUGUGCUGUUUCAUGGUUGAAUGAGGCCUAUUAUUAGUAAAAAAAAAAAAAAAAAAUGCAUAUUGAAGCAAAGUAUGUGUUUUUUGCAAAUGAAGGAUUUUCAAGCAUAAAAAUGGCUAAAUGAAGUAAAAUACAAACAGGGCAUUCAUAAGAUGCAUUCAAAGACGCUGUGAAUAAAAUUUACUAUUCUACACUGGUCACUAGGUGUCAGUAAUGUUAUUGUAAUGUUCGGUGAGACACACAAACGCCAGACUUGAUCACCAGAACAACAGGCUUUUACUGCAUGUUUGAAUUAUCAGGCACAAUAAUCCAUAAUAAAACUCCCUAAUAGAAAACGGGCUACUGUUGUUGCAGUAACGCCCGCCACUCAUCUCCCCUAGGGAACACGUUUACAGCAACACACACAAGCAGGAGUCUUAGUUAUGUCUUAAAUGACUUAUUUACUCUUAUUAUGUCUACUAUAAUGGGUAAUAUGAGCAUAAAGGUGACUACAGGGGUAUAAAAACAUAUUUAGAAGGUCGUAAACAAGUUUUGUAUGCGGUAAUUACGAAAAUAUUCCAUUUAUAAAUAAGGAAUCCUACUUCACGGAAAUUCACCCAAACAAUGAACUGCGAUAAACAAGGGAUUACUGUAUAUUAUUGUUUGUUCACCUACAUUAAAUACUCAACUGUAAAGUCCAUACAUUUUCCAUGAGCACACCAUGGUUUUCUUAAUUAAUUCAAAAACCAAAGCAAUUUUUCCCAUCGGAAAUAAUCAAAUGAAAUGCAUUCUUCCCCGCACAGCCACACUGAGGAAAGACAAUAUUGCUUAACUUAACUUUCUGCACAUCAUUAUGUCUCCCAAGUGGCAGCGCGCCAAAGUAGAGGAAUCCAUCACUAUGGAAGUGAAAAUGAUCAUCAUAACAACCUCAGAGAGGAGAAAAACCCACCAAUUUUGGCCGCUCUUUUGGUCUCAACCGGCAACCAUUUUAAAAAUGUUGCAACUAUUUUGAUGAAGUAGAACCACAGGGAUAAAAGUUGUGUUUUUCGUGUGUUUUGUGUACAGUGUGAGUGACUUAGGAGAUCAUUUUCAAGUUACGACCGUCUAGGAACGGAAGUCAUUCGUAACCCGAGGACCACCUGUAUUCUUUAGACUGCAAAUUGGUUGAGACUGAAUGAACAGUAACUCUAUUUGUUUCAACCAAGUACUGUCUCUAUUUUGCAUGAGUUGCGUGAGUCAGUUGAUCAAUCAGUGUGCCCAUCCCAUCUAUGCAGUAUGACAGCAGACAGUGUCAAUCAAAACGGUAAACAGUUAUUACCUCUGCAAAGGCCCAUUUUUUGAUACAUAUCAUUAGAUUGUGCAGGUGUACCUAAAUGUUGUAGCCGGCGGGUGUAUUUUGCACACUUGGAUCAAAUGCAAUGUCAUUCAGUAAAUCAGAAAUCCCGCCUGAAAAGAUUGCACACUAUGCAAUCCAGCACGCGGAUCGAAGUUAGUUGUAUAUUGGACCAAAACAGCCCGAUAUACAACUCCCUGCUUUAAUUACAACGGCGUGUUCAAUCAGAAAGCAUAAAACUCCCAGCGGGCAGGUGGCAUGUGUCAGUGAGGCCUCCAAGGAUUGAUGUGCCCAGGUCUCUGCGCUUCUUGGGCUGGCGGCCCACGACCUGCGACACGGCCCCAUCAUUUUUAUGACAUCUUAAGGAAUAUUCUUUUUUAAUACAGCCCAUUACGGCAGACAUACAAAUCUUUCCCACUGUGGCCCCAUCUACAGCCUGAUCAAUUUUUACACUGCUGAGCCGUCUCCUUGUACUCCAUUGUGUCACUCAAAUUUCAUUUUUUACAGGAUCAAAACUGCAAUACAUUACCACCCAAGACCUAUUUAGUGUUUCACUGUAACUAAAGGCUUCAGAGAAAAUGUAAUUUGUUUCUGUAGUAAGCAGAAUUGUUUAAAUGUUAUUUAUUUUUAUGCGCCAAAGAAAAUAUAUUGUGAAGCACUGCAUUGAUUUAGAACAUAACCAUGUCUCCAUACGGACAGGAGGUGCUGAAUUUAUGAAUCCUUUGCACAACUCCUUUAAUUGAAUUUUCCAAAUCUCACACCACACACAAAUAAUCAAUACGUGCUCCUGUGUGGAACUUGCCUCAGAAUUAUUAGGGCCUUGCUUUUUCAAUUUCGUACUCAUCAGCAGAUACAGGCAUGGUGGGUAUUUGUAAUGCAGGAACAUCCCUGAGGAUUUAUGCCUGCUCAAAGCCUGAUUGUUCCCUGAAAGUGACUUCUUCUGUAGACUUUUGUUAACAUUAUACAAUGUCUGUAAGCACUUCUUAACAGUACACUCCUUUACAGCAGUAGUCCAACGAAGAGAAACAAAAUGGAUAUACUGUACUGUACUUUGCUGCCAAGGCAGGGUGCAAUUUGUCUCAUGAAAAUGUAGCCCGACGUCAUGAGAAAAGUUUACUAUACAAAGAAACAGGAGUGUAACUACGCCUGCACAAGAACAUCCUCCACAAACAAGGCAGACAUUUGCAACAAAAUAGUACAUUUUGACGCCGUUUCAGAGUGGUUAAAAUUGAGAACGUAACCGUGCAUCAUUUUUGUAUGAAACUUUUAUUCCUUGUUAUCCGUGGUGAUGGUGCUGCCACAGACUUGACUUGGUGCUUUAAGUGGUUUGAUUUGGUUAACUGGUAUUUCCAUCGUAAAGGGUCUCACAAUAUCCGACCUGUCAAAUCAAACUGUCCGACUUUUUACUAUGCUUUUGUUGGAGUGCCAAUUAGGCUACUGUUCAAACAAACACUUGCCAAUUGAACGGUGAAAAAUGAAAUGUCAUUUCUGUUGUGCUGAAGCUUAUCACUCGAGUUGGAACAAAACGUGAUGUGGUCACUGACAAAUAAAUAAAACCACUUCUUCUGGUCUUCACCAUGUUUAAGAAAAAAAAGAGCACCAUUUUAAAUGGAGUGAAUAACAGGGACAAGAUUCCAAACAGUUAGUGCUGCUUAAUGACAAUGUCUGCACACAUCGUUGUUUCUCGUGUGUAUGCUAUACAUUGGCAAGUUACCAAUUGGCAAGUAGACACUAUUUACGACCCAUGCAUAGUUUUAUGUCAUCUCUCUUUAUUCUCCAACAUCAAGUUCCAUUAACCUCAUCUUGUGAUUGGGCAGUAGGCAACGAGGUUAAUGUCAACACACAACUUGCAGUCAGAAAGUCACCAAUGCGUGAUCAGUGAAGAAGACCUUUAAACAGAAGACCUAUACUUACUAUGCAUUAAUAAAAUCACCCCCUGCAGUUGCACAACGCAAAGGCGCUGAGGUGGGUGCGAGGAUGACCAUCAACAUUGAUGUCAUCAGAUCACUACGGCUGCUAAAAAAAUCAUCCAAAGUGUGGAAGUAUUUAUUCAUUAGGCUACCAAAUGCGACUAAGAACUUUUGGAAAAUUACUGUUUUCCAAACCAUGUUGUUCCUUUUUUAUGUGUGCUUUUUUGAUACGUCAUAUGCCCACUUGCC